CCAAAAGCUAUUUCGUAAACUAUUAUUGUAUGAUCCACUUAACAAUAUCCUAAUUUCACACCGCAACCUAAAAGGUUUUUCUUUCUCGUGCAAGGACGGAGACUCGCACUGCCAUUAACAUCAAAGAAGACAGUCUUAAGGACGAAGCCAUCGCCAGCGAAGCGAUACCACUCUAUUACCUCAAAUUCUCCUACGCAAGAGAAUUCCCGGAAAAAAAGUUUCUUUUUUCGCAUCAUCAAAUCUGAAAUAGUCACCGAUUGCUGAUCAUGGAUUAUGUGAGUUCACGCUCAGAAAAGGUUUGAUAUUUCUCUGAUUUGUAUGUCUAUCUCGACUGGGAUCAAGAACUCUUGAUGGGUUUUAUUUGAAUGCUAUUUGUGAAGUACUUAAGUAUUUAUAGAUUCAGGGUUUGCAUGUCAAAGAAAGGGAUCAUGAGUACAUUACUAGUACUGAUUAUGGGGGUUUGAUCUGUUUUAACUAUCGGAAACUGGAUUUUGAACAUAUUGGUUUUUAUAACCUUUGAGGGUUUGAAUUUAGUGGAAAAAUCGAAACUGUAAGCACUUAUAGGGAAAGCCAAUAUGCAAUCUAGAAGGUAUGAUGAAUACACAAGAUUCUCUCCUGCUUCGAAGGCACGAAAUUAUCGUAGAUAUGAAAUGGAUCAAGAUUCAUAUUUGAUGUCUCGCCGCCAUAGGUCUCCACCACGUUCUCGAAGGAGUUUGAGCCCUUAUAAAACCGAUGGGGCUAGAAGGGUUUUCCCUGAGAUUUCUGAGAGGAGGGACUAUGGUUGGCAUUCUGGGCAUGGCAGGACUGAGGAGGUUCGGUCUGGAUCACCCACACAUUUACAAGAUUCGCGCAAAAGGGCUCAUUUUGAUGAGGGGGUUGUGCAUGGGGUGCAUAACUAUAUUGGGGAUAUGGGUUUUAACGAUGGUAAAAAUUCUAGAUUGAAACAUGCUUAUGAGUAUGAUCAUGUUUCUAGAACAAGCAAAGAAAAAGAUUAUGGUGAGAACAUAAUUACUGGUGUUGAGGCGCAUGGGGUGUUGAGGCAGAAAUCAAUAGCAAUAGAAGAUCCCAUUGAGCGAGGGUCUUAUCGUUUGCCCAAUUAUUCAGAAACUGAUGGGCAUCUAAAAUUGUCAUCACGGAGGAUUGAUACAGGUAGGUUUGACCGUGAACAACUAAGGUACCAGGAGCCAUUGCCAACAGAUAAUUUAGUGACAAUGCAAUCUUAUGAAGGAGAGAAAUCUGGGUUUCCUUUGAGGGAUAUCCCGUACGGCAUGAGGCCAGAAUCUCACUCCAAAGAUUUUGUUAGCACCACUCAUUCUAAAGAUUUUGUGGGCACCUCUUCAGGAAUUUCUAGGAGUGAGAUUUUGGGUUCUUAUCAGGAUGGCCGUCACUUGCAUGCUUCAGAUGAAUAUACAAGGGUUAGUGGCACACUCACCAAGCCAAUGGGUUUUCCUGUCCACGAUAGAAGACCGCAUGUAGGUCAUGAGACAGACCCUGAAGCUGUAAGGAGGAACACAACUAGUUACUCUCAUGGUGCUUAUAGCCCUAACAGGGUUGAGCAAGGCUACUUAUGCCCAAAAUCACAGGGACCAGGAGAAGAUGAUCGUGGAUACCUAUACGAUAAAGUAUAUAAUGUAAUGCGUCCACGUACUCAACUAGCACAUGAUCACUCUCAAAUGGAGUAUGAUCAGUUAGAAUUGUCAAGGCAAACUGUUAUGCUUGGAGACAGGGUUGAUAGUACUGAGGAUCCUUUUGAAAAUCUGCACAAUAGCAGUACAAGAGACCAUCCAACAUUACCAAACCUGACAAAUUCAAACAACGUCAAUUGUAGCGGACCAUCAUAUGCUCUAAACCAAGGCUGGGAGUCCAGGGAUUCUGAGCAUCCUGAGUUCGAUAUGAGAGCAGAACGAGAUUAUAAAUUACCUCGUUUGGGUGUACCGGAGAAUCAUACCCUUCAAAAUUCUAGUCUGGAUUAUGGUUUUGGAAGAGACUUUUCUCUCAAAUCUCAAAAUGAAGAGCCACGUAGCCAUUCCAUAUAUGAUCUGGAAAUAGAUCGAAUUUCUGUGAGAAGACACAGAGUGGAGGAGCAAGACUGUGCCAUGCACGAAACAUCAGAUAAGAUGCUUCAUAGGAGACACAGUUUGGAUGAAGACAUUAUGAGGCAUGAUCCUAGAGCUAUUAUGUCAAGAAGAUGGAACAUACCAGAAGAGUUUGAGGACUUAUGUGAUAGUGAUGAGGAGUGGAUUGAUGAAGACAUGAGUGACUUGCAUUCUUAUAGAAACAGGACACUUGUCCACCCUGAAUACAGAGAGACUGAUAGAGUAUAUGAUGGGCCAGACCAUCCUCGAGAUUUCACAUCUGAUGGCUGGUUGCCUUCUCAAGAUUCCUGGGCAAAUGCAAAUAGACAUCCAGUCAGACAUUAUAAAAGUAGUGGGAAACAUGUAAAAAAUCAUUCAAGAUCUGGUUCUCUGAGAUGGUAUAAUUCACACCAUGCUGUGAGGAGUGGUAUUCGCGAACAGCAUAAAGUCUGGAAAAGAAAUGAUGAGGUUGAACAUCCAUAUAAUGCUGACACACCAGAAAAUUUUGGAGGUCAUGCAAAAUUUGAAUCGUCUGAGGAUACUGAAGAGUUUAAGAAGCUGGUCCAUGAAGCCUUUUUCAAGUAUUAUAAGAGGUUGAAUGUGAACCUAGCUGUUCGAAGAAGAUACAAGGAGCAAGGAAAAGCUGGUAGUUUGUACUGCAUCGUAUGUGGCAGAAGCCUCUCGAAGGAGUUUAUGGACACAAAACGCCUUGUAACCCAUGCCUUCAUGUCUCACAAGGUUGGGUUAAGAGCACAGCAUUUGGGACUUCAAAGAGCAAUAUGCGUUUUAAUGGGAUGGAAUAUUGUUCCUCCACAGGAUACUGUAACAUGGGUUCCUGAAGUAUUGUCAGCUUCUGAUGCUUGGGCUCAGAAGGAGGACCUAAUUCUCUGGCCUCCAGUUGUCAUCAUCCACAACAUUUCCAUGUCAAACAACAAUCCUGAACGACAGAAGGUUUUACCUAUUGAACAGGUUGAGACUUUCCUUAGAGGUCAAGGUUUUGUUGGGGUGAAGAUGAAGAUGUGCUUAGGGAAGCCUGCAGACCAAAGUGUUAUGAUAGUGAAAUUUUUGGGAACUUUCAGUGGACUGGGUAGUGCAGAGAGGAUUCACAAGUAUUUUGCUGAUAAAAAUCACGGACGGGUAGAAUUUGAGCGAAAGACAUCCAGGAACAAAAGCAGCAGCAGUUGGGAUGCGGGAAUGCAAGGAAACAAGGUGGAAGAGCACCUUCUCUAUGGUUACAUGGGGAUUGCAGAUGAUUUGGAUACGUUGGACUUCAAUACCAAAAACCGGGUUGCCAUAAAAAGCAAGAAAGAAAUUCUGGACUUUGCAAAUUCUCCUGUUGAACCAGCUGGACGGUAGAUAUUUUGACUUUAAAUGACUUAUUUGGUUUCUGCUGGAUCUCUUUUGCUUUGAGAAAAUUUAUUGUAGAGAACCUUUUGGUGCCUUGAGACACUCUUCGUCUGCUGGUAGUGUUUGUUUGUCCUAUCUAUGUAUAAAAAUGUAUCAGACUUGAUAAUUUAUGUCCUUGUUUCUGCUCAACAACAGUUUCUAUUUUCAUUGUUUAUGAUUUACCCGUUUA